CCGUAACGAACGAGUCCUCUAAACCUUUCCCACCCCCGCCAGAUAAAGAUUGCGACUUAGUCCGCUGGGUCCCUUUCCCUAUGCGGCUUGGUGCUGCUGCCACCCGCGUUUAACGGCCUCUCUACCCCUAUCCAUCCCCAUGUGGCGCGUCACGUCAGCGUCGAUCCGCAGAUCUGUCCGCCAAUCCCCGCAGGCGACCGCCCCACUAGCAGCGCUCUUUCCUCCCGCGUACUCACCUGCGCGCGCCGCCUCUCCGACCGGAUCGCCAUCCACAUUCCCGCCGCAAGCGCCGCCGUGCGCCCCGGCGGACAGCCGGCCUGCUCUUGACGCCGACUCGACCCCGAGGCUCUCACCCGCGGGCGCUUCGACAUGGUUGAGGGGUGCAGGCGGAGGGGCGGGCUUAGGAUGGGGAGUGGGCGGAGUGAGAUGGCGGAGCGCGGGGGGAGGCGCCGGGGAGGAAGGCAACGAGAAUCCCGUCGACGGUCAAGGCGGUGAGGUGUCGGGAGCGGUUGCAGCGGAGGGGGAAGCGUCAGCCGACGACGCGGCUGAAACGGCGGCUUCCCCUGCCCCCGCAGCUUCCCCCGCCCCCGCGGAUCCGCCGGCGGCGCCCGCGGCGCUUGCGCCGUACCUGGCGCAGCUGCAGGGCGCGGGGGAGGGGCGGCGGCGGAAGCGCAGCGCGUACGGGACGUACGGCGACGACAUCGAGGAUGAGCUGGAGGAGUUCAUCGAGCCCGCGGACGAGGGCGACUACCGCCACCUCUACGACGCGCGCGGCGUCGUGGACAAAUGGCUCGGCGACCCUGCGCUCUGGGGCAUGCUCGCAGAGGAUGCGGUAGGCGAUGGUGGGGAGGAGGAAGAUGAGGAGGAGGGGGAGGGGCCAGAGCUGAGAUGGGAGACGAGAAUGGUGCUGGGACCAGGCGGCGAUGCGUGGCACCCGGCGAACCGCAAGGUGAAGGUGAGCGUGUACGUGCGCGAGCUGCAGCUCACCCGCCUGGCCAGGGAGCGCCUGCUCGCGCUCGUGGGGCCGCGCUACAACGCACACCGCGACGAGCUCACCAUCGUCAGCGAGAGGUACCGGCACCGCGAGGAGAACCGCAAGGACGUGUUUCGCAUUCUGCACGCGCUGAUAGCCGAGGCCAAGGAGGCAGACCAGCUCGCCGCCCAAGCUGCAGGUGAAGCUGCUGCUGCUGCUGCUGCCGCCACCACCCCCAGCACACUCUCACAAGCCGCCUCCAUGGCCUAGCUAAUGGCGUAGCUGCCAUGGCCGAUGGGGGUUGUAGGGAAAUUUUGCAAGGGUCACAGAAGGGGCUGUCAUCAAUUGUAAUCUCGGAAUGGUGCUAGAUAUUGCGCUGCUGUGCAGGAAGUGAUGCAAUGCACUGCACUGCAGGCGACGAAACCAGCUAACAGAAAACAGUCCCGGACCAGCAACACAGAGCACCAAAGCAGUUGGAACAUAGGCGGGCAUCUCAAGAGUAGAAAAGUUGUUAUGAGGCAAAAGUGACUGUACCCUCUAAGAGCAUGCUCCUAUCUAGCCU